GGUGGGGUAAUACGAUGUGUGUUUGAACAGACAAGGUAAAAUCUCCUGUUGUAAGACAUGCUCAGGCAAAGAACGGGCAUGAAUGGAAUCUCUUACAUCUAACACUGGAGAGACCGUAUGCUAAAGGAUUACCCACUCUUUGGAAAUAACUGAUUUGAAUGUUAACCACAAUGGAGGCAACCAGUGAUACCACAAAGAUCCUGGAGAAGGGUCCUGAAUACCUUCGAAAACAAAUGGAACUGGAGAGUGAGACAAAAGGACGCAUGAGUGCUGUGGAGAGGCUCGCUGCAAGCAAACCGAAAUAUGUCAAAAGCCAACAGGUGGUCAACUCAACUCAGGAGACAGUGAUCGGCCUUGGAUCAGCCUCGGUGAGUAGCACUGGGUCUUCUAACCGGAGCUCGAACCAUUGUGGGAAUCUUGUCAUAGGGAGUAACUCAAGAGAGGCUACAUGUGGUGCACAAAUCAACAACUUACCAGGGCAGGUACGUCGGUCCAGCUCCAAAAACCGACGAGACUCGCUUCUGCUUUACAGACAGAAAUGUGAGUUACUGAGAGGAUCAGAAAAUGACCGGAAACAUCCUAUAACACGCAAGUUGCUCAGCUCUUUGCAUAAAAAUGUUUUAUUACCUGAGGCAACAGAUAAGGAGUGUGAAGCUGAGUGCAACAAGGAAAAAAUCACCACACCUGAGGGAACAGCAAAGGAAUGCAGCUCACAAUCAGAGAGGAGGAGGAAUGGAGUAACAGGGCAACACAGAACAGAAUACAGUGAUCCUGGAUCUAAGGUGACAGUGGGUGUUGUGAAGAAAUCUGCUGGGCUCCUAACGGUUCCUGAGUUUGAAAGCAGGUCUGGCAAAGGAGUUAGUCGUUCUCACUCCGACAUCAGCUCCAGGUACUCCAAGAACUUUGCAGACUUUGAUGCUUUUUUCAAGUACUGUGGGCUGGGCGGUGAGGUUAUUGAAUCUUUUGGGAAGGACAACUUCUCGGCGCACUCAGAUGAAAUUGCAAUAAACAUCCGGAGUGUCAGCAUCUCUACAUCAGACGACGGCUUCUCCAGGAACAGUGGUGACAGCGAUGGACUAAUGGAAGACAAGCUACAUGAAAAGAUACGUCAAGAGACAUCAGUUAUUGAGCGCAAUGCAAGGAUUAUCAAAUGGCUAUACAGCUGCAGAAAUGCUAUAGAGACCGGAAAAAAGUUACGAGACCUUGAUUGAGAUUAAGACAGAGGCCAUAUGCUUAAGUAAGACUGUUGUAUAGAUGACACUAACUCCUAGCUUUUGUUUGUGGACUGACUUUUGGUCUCAGUGCUGUCAUUGUGUCAUUGUGUGCCAAUUACAGCAGACACUUCACAGAAAAAAAGAUUUAGCGUGUUUGCUCUGUUAAAACUUGCAUAAAGCUAGCUCUGCCACAUUGGGGCCACAUAAAUUGCACAGAAAGCCCCACAUCACACACACAGAAAUACAAAAGCUGUCCUCAAAUUUUCAUCUUAAACUUGUAUUUUAAGGUCUAAUAUGUGCAUAUGUGCCCACUUUAAUACAGGAAAUCUGGAAGAGUAGGCUACAUAAGAACACAUUUUGGUUUGCCAGGUUGUUAAACAAAUUCUUAGACUGGUGUUUUUCCCCUCUAUUUGAUAAUGCAGUCUAAAAUGUCAUUAUUCCAUUAAUAAAUACUUAAUUAUUUGUUUAAUAAAUGGAUUUUGUCCAGCUCUGCUGCAAGGUACAAUGCCGUCAUUCACCUUAACACAGAAAUGUUUCUUUUUAAUGGCUUGUAACUAAGCUAUAAAACAUAAGUAAAUUAUAGCUAUUGGUUAUGAAACAUUCAUAAAAAGUUUUAGAAAGUGGCACCAGCCUUAAAGGCUUAGAGCUGAUGUGAUGGCAUAUGAAACAUUUCAGGGGGUCCAAUACUCAUUAUCAAAAAUUAUAUUCCUCACUACAAUCUGAAAUCCUAUCUUAUCUCAGUUUAGGAUGACAUUUACUACUGCAUUUAGGAAAAAAUCCCAUCUUAUUAGGAUAGGAAUGUAGUUGUUACAGAACCAUUCUAGGGAUUUCUCAAGUUAGGAAUUCUAAGUAAGGAUGGCAUUAGUCCACUUCCUGAGAUCAUUUUGAAAAGCCACGCUCGCUGCGUCCAGAGCAGACGAUUGUGAUUGGUUUAAAGCAAUGCAAACAACCCCUGACCAUUUUUUCUCUUAUCCAGAAAUGUUGUGUGGAAGGGCCAGACCUUCCUCCGCAGCGCUGUGGGUCUGGCAAUGCGAGACUAGUUUGGCAUAGACCUAUUCCUAAAUUCAGAGUAACUGUCAAAAAUGGCAGCUGCACUGUUGUUAGGUAUGUAUGGCAAUUGCAAUGAAGAUGGGGAACGCCAUGAACACCGAAAUAUAAUGAUUGAAAGGCAACACAAACUGUAUGAAGACGUUUUAAAUUUCCUGGACCAUGUAUUAAAGGUAUUAUAUCGACUGCCAAGACAAUUCAUUUUGAAUUUGAUUGCUUGAAAACAAUUUAAUAGAAACAUAUUUCACUAGAUAAGAUAAAUAAGUAAAUACAGACUAGAAAAUUGGAAUGACAAUGAAGUUUCAUUUGAUUUAAAACAGGCAUCAACGGAUGAGUGCCGACUAAAGAAUGGAAUUUAUAGUUUGUAUUAAUUAGGAUUUCUUCAGUUAAGAUAACAUUGGGAUGUCUGAGAUAGGAUAGGACACAGAGUGCCAUGAGUUUAGGAAUUGCUUCUGUCUUUGAAACUUAUGUUAAUAUGGGAGAAGCAGUUAGGAUAUUUUUAUGUAAUGAGGCCCCAGGGUCUUUAGCAUUAAAGUGCCCUUAAAUCAUAAUUUAUGUAACCUGCUUCUUAAGAUCACAAUCCAAUAAGUGUAUACGCGGCAUUCCUUUCCAGGUGAAAGGUGUACAUUCCAUCACACACACACACACACACACACACACACACACACACACACACACACACACACACACACACACACACACACACACACACACACACACACACACACACACACACACACACACAAACCAGUUAGAGAGAUCUGCUCCUUUCAUGUAUAAUUGUGGUCAAGAAUUUCUUGUUAACAGUAAUAAAACUGCAUUGUUAAAUUUAGGCUUGUAGGUUGUGGUUAUAUUCCAGCCAAAGAAUCAGUUACUCGCAGAGUUCUGUGUGAGAGGAAUGUACCUAAUAAUCUGAUAGGCUUAAAUCCAGUGACCCGAUGUAACUGUAACUCAGCUUUCCUCCCAAUCUCUGUCUGCUUUAUCUCUUGACCACUUUCUCUCUCUUUCUGUCUUUUAGCCAACUUUCUAUGCUGAUCAGAGGCUGUAACAUUAGUGGGAAAAAAUCAACGGACAGACUAUUGAAGUGAAAUUUCCCACUCAGAAACAAACAAUAUUUAUGUGCAGUAUAUGCUAAUAGAUACUCAUUACUCAGCUGCACCCAUGUUGCACCCAUGUUGUUGACACGCCUUUCACUUCUCCAGAGGCCUGGCUGACUGUUUCACAUCAAGACAAGUCAUGUCAUGCCCGCUCCUCUUGUUUACUGCCAGCUACUUCUUAAAAUGCAGUUGAUAAUUUAGUUAGAAAAGGGACACUUAAUGUGGUUCAACCUACAGAAAUGUAUUGACUGAAAAUGUAGACUACUUGCAUUGCUAAAGGCUUGUAAAUUUCUUCUUUUAUUGGAAUUUGUAUGAUGUAAAAGUUUUAGUAUUACUAAUCCACCACUUAAAACUUGUUUAACUGCUGCCUGUGUACUGUUUUAUACGGAAGUACUGCAAAAGAUUGCUACAGUGAAUAAAGUUGCAAUUUUUCUCACAAAA